AUGCCCAAAGUGAAGAGGAGCAGGAAGCCGCCCCCGGAUGGCUGGGAGCUGAUCGAGCCCACGCUGGACGAGCUGGACCAGAAGAUGAGAGAAGCUGAGACAGAGCCACACGAAGGGAAGAGGAAAGUGGAGUCUCUCUGGCCCAUCUUCAGGAUCCACCACCAGAAAACACGUUACAUCUUUGAUCUCUUCUACAAGAGGAAAGCAAUCAGCAGAGAGCUCUAUGAGUACUGCAUCAAGGAGGGCUAUGCUGACAAAAACCUGAUAGCCAAGUGGAAGAAGCAGGGCUAUGAGAACCUCUGCUGCCUGCGCUGCAUCCAGACUCGGGACACCAACUUUGGCACCAACUGCAUCUGCAGGGUCCCCAAAAGCAAGCUGGAAGUGGGCAGAAUCAUUGAGUGCACUCACUGUGGAUGCAGAGGCUGCUCUGGGUGA